GUUGAGUGGUGGGUGAGGUGCUCUCUUGUUCGCCUGCUUGGGCCUGGUGUCGCAUGGAGGUGCUGAGUUGUGUCGGGCCCUGGUGGGGUGCCGGCCACUUCAGCCUCUCUUCCUAGUCGAGACCUCAGGCAAGGGCAGCUAUUAUGAGACGCCGAUGUCUCACUUGGCCACAGUCAGCAUGGCGAGCCCGGCUGUGGAGUCUCUGUACCCGCAGAAGGAUAUGACACUGAAUAAAAGAGAUGGAUUUGAAGACUUGAUGGAAGAGCGCAGACACAGCAGCGAUCUGAGAUAUGCCAUGCGAUGCUACACUCCAGUAGUUUACAAGGAUCUUGUGCCCCGUACCCCUAGUGCUCUCAGGAGCAUUGUACUGAAAUCUGACCAAGUGCAAUAUGUCAUCAAACAGUUGUCAAAAGAAACUGGCGAAUCUCCAGAUAUCAUUAGCGAUGAAGCAGCUGACAUUUUGGAGAAGAUGGGACAUGGUCUUCGGUUAAGUGUAGUCCGAUUCUUUGCAUUUACCCUAAGCAAAAUCUUUAAAGCCCUAUUCCAGAAAGUGCGUGUAAACGAAGAAGGAAUUCACAAGCUACAUCAGGCUAUUCAAGAAUACCCAGUUGUUCUGCUGCCAAGCCAUCGCAGCUACAUAGACUUCCUCAUGUUAUCAUAUAUUAUGUACACCUAUGACCUUUGCUUGCCAGUCAUUGCUGCUGGAAUGGAUUUUCUGGGAAUGAAAAUAGUGGGAGAGAUGCUGCGAAUGUCAGGUGCUUUUUUCAUUCGGCGUUCCUUUGGAGGAGACAAGCUAUAUUGGGCGGUUUUCUCUGAGUAUGUGAAAACAAUUCUGCGGAAUGGUGACGCUCCUGUUGAAUUUUUUUUGGAGGGUACUAGAAGUCGUACUGGAAAAUCUCUGAUUCCCAAAUUAGGAUUGUUGAAUAUUGCAAUUGAACCAUUUCUGAUGGGGGAAGUUUACGACAUGUACUUAGUUCCCAUAAGUAUAAGCUAUGAACGUAUCCUGGAGGAAUCCCUCUACGCACACGAGCUUUUAGGAGUACCAAAGCCAAAGGAAUCAACUUCCGGUUUGUUGAAAGCCAGAAAGAUUCUGAGUGAAAACUUUGGAAGCAUACACGUUUACUUUGGGCAGCCUGUGUCGGUGAGAUCCCUAGCAACUGGGACUGUCAGGAGGUCUCGGUACAACUUGGUCCCCAGACAUAUUCCUCGGAAACCAUCUGGAGAUGUCUAUAGGUUUCUCGAUGCUGUCGGCCAUAGAAUGGUGAUGUUGCAGCAGAAAAACAUGGUGAUUAGUCCCUGGGCACUGAUGGCUACGGUGAUCAUCCAAAACCUGCCCAGCCUGCCUCUUUCGGAUCUCACCAGGCAGACACUAUGGCUCAAAGCGAUUGCGGAAGCAUUUGGUGCUUUUAUUGACUGGCCCAGACAUGUAACAUCUGACAAAAUGAUUCGCUCUAGUCUUGCCCAACGCCACAACAUAGUGAAGAUGGUCAAAGACCAGGUUGUGCUUUGCCAAGAAGGGACACCAGCUGAAUUUACAGUAGAAAAUAUUUUCAAGUAUACAGUCUCAGUGCUGAUGUGUGCAUCCUAUAGAAAUCAGCUACUGCAUGUUUUUGUGCGCCCUGCCUUGGUGGCAAUUGCAUUUCAAAACACACACAGUUGCAGGAGAGAGGAUGUCUACAGCUGCUUCAGCUACCUGCAUAAGAUUUUCUCUGACGAGUUUAUUUUUUUGCCAGGAGAUCUUGUCAAGGACUUUGAUGAAGGGCUAUACUUGCUGAUGAAGAGUGGUGCCAUUCAGGGGUCCCACACAGAUAUCUACAUUUCCGAGAAGGGCAGUGCCACCAUUUCCUUUUUGUCAGACAUGUUCAGGCCUUUUCUGGAAGGUUAUCAGGUUAUUUGCAAAUAUCUGCAGUGCACAGAAUUCACUGACCAUUUUACUGAGAAGAAGUUUAUCACUGAAAUACGAAGCUAUGCAGCAGAACUCAUUUUAACAGGUGCCAUAAAAUAUAAUGAGGUUCUUUCGGUGGAUAUGCAGAAAAACGCAUUGGCUGCUUUGGCCCGGCUCAGUGCUGUGGAGAAAUUGAAGAUAGCCAAUGGGAAUGUCUACAAGGUGAAUAAGCAGACUGUCACUAGGGUGGCAAACAUGCUGGCGCCCACAUUUCCAGUAAAAAAUGCUACUGCGGCCAGGCUUUGAGUGCGGGUACCUUGCUGCAUGGGCAUUCCUGAGACAGCUGGACCUGCAUUGCAUUGGUGGAGAGUGGAAUUUUUUAUUUUUUGAAUCAGUGAACGCCGGCACCAAACCAAGCCAGUUGAAAGAAAACAGCACAGGAAACAGAUGCAGAGUUGAUCGCCGGUUAGGGUGUCCGGCGUCAAGAAAUAUCGGUCUGUUCUGAACAGCAGGAAAUCCCUAUAACGACAAAUCCUUAAUGCUUAUGCUUUGAAUUGCCUUCACCUAUUGUGUCUUGUUGCUUUUUUUUAAAACUGUUAUGCAAGUGUAGAUUUUGUUACAUGUAAACAUGAAUACACCCAUACUAGUACUGAAAUGUGUUCUUAGCAGGAGCAUUCAGUUAAGUCCAACAAAGUCUAAAGGAAGAGUUUACAGCUCAGUUUUUCAUACCUCAGAGUAAUAUUGCCUCUGUUUUAAUUUCUUUGAACACCCAUAUGUAAAUCCAGGGGUUGCUGGAGAUAUGAGAUGCAGUUGUGGGUAAAAAUGUUCCUGUUGGAACUUCCUGAAAACAGCUAAAGUAAAACAGUAAGACCUCUUCACAGAAAAUUCCUGAUCACAGUCACCUGAAAACCACAGUUCAUAGUAUUUCAGUUCAGAUUCAGUCCUUAAAAUGACAAGAAUGGCAGAUGCUGGAGUUUCACAUCAGUUAGUGUUAUUGAAAGACACUUGGAAUUGGAACAUUGAAUAAUAAAUUCAUUUUAACUUUUGUACUUUAGUACGAGACAGUGCAAUAACAGAAGCUUUAGCAAUGCAGAAACAGCAAAGACUAGCCAAUUUAGUCUAAUCCAGAGUGCAAUAGUGAAUGGAAAUCAGCAACGUGGUGAGAAUAUUCCUAUUUUUGAAACCCCAUCUAUAAGCAAAUGGCAGUCUCAUAUUUCUUCAUGUGGCAAAUAACAUCCUGCAAACAAAGGAUUUUGUCAGUCACAGACCCAUUACAAGACCAUAGGACAUUUUUGAUAACUGUCCUAAUUGCAGCUCUUCUAUUCAAUAAAGAGGUUUAAUGGAUGAUACACAUCUUGAGAUCCUGAGAAUGUGAUGAGACACAAGCUAAUGACUUGUUUGAUCCCUUUAUAUGCAUCCAGGAAAUCACUCCAGUACUGGGGUCAUCCCAAGUGUUAUAGGGUCCAGAAAUGGGGGGGGGGGGGGGUUUGGAGUGGGAUAAUGUCACUGAUGAUUUAGAUUGUUCCUGAAAUAGGACCAUGUACUCACUCCAGAAGUGGAAGAAAUAAUUUAGUUACUCAUACAAUUUGAUCACUCCUGAAAUAGGGCCACGUGGUCACAGGUUAUAUGAUCACUCCUGAGAUCAGGCCACGUGGUCACUCCUGAAAUAGAAUAUUUCUCUGACAAUUGGACAACCUUGAGGCUGUGAUCCUUCAAGAAUGGAGUUGGGGCAUGGCAGGGUGGUGGUGCCCCAUGGUCACUUCUGAAAUUGGUUGCUGUUGAAGGAGGGUGAUGGCUACUCUGGUACACAAUUUUCGUGGUCAGCAUUCAAAUGAUUUUUGCAUAUAAUGGAACCAAACCCUUCCAAUGAUUGAAAAAAAACCUGCUUUAUGGAAACCAGUUUGUUAAAGGAACAUUUCAAGUAUGUUUGUUUGGAUGUGUAAUGUCCCUUAAUAAAAGUGCUAAUCAAAA